AUGUCAGGAGGUCCGGUACCAGUAUGGAAGAAAUACACCAGUAGACCAAGAGGAAUAUGGGAGAAAUUGAGGGAACUUUUGGUAUUAGCACCAAAUAGAUCAUCAGGAAAUAUGUUUGUCCCAUUGUACAGAAACCCACCACCAGGCUCAAGAAUAGCCGAAGCCAAGGCAUAUAAAGAUCCAAUAACAAUUCCAGCGGGUGACAUAAAAGGAAAUCCAUAUUUUAAACGAGAUUUCAGAAGAAACUACCCACAAGUGCACGGAUUUAAUCAGACUAAAUUGUCGGGUUUGUUGCAAUUGGGUAACAGCGAGCAUCCAAGAAUAUCUGUCGGUGAAAAGGGUACCAAAGAGUUGAGCACAUUUGAAGGAGGCAAUGUGGUUAGUUUAACUUCAACUUUGAGCAACUUGCCAGAAAAUGUAAUUAAGGGAGAGAUUUUGGGUAAACAAGGUGAACCUAUUGUGGCUCCAAGUUUGAAUAAAUUUAAAUGGGAAAUAUUGCCUGAGAGUGUUCAUGGAAUGUACACUGAAGAGUACCCAUGUCGUAUAUUUACUGAUACAAAGGUGAAAACCGUGUCUUCAUCGGCGUGA